AGAAUACACUCAUAUUUGUACAACAAUACUAUAAAACCCGGCCCUCACAGCCUUUAGGAUACAUCCUCUCGGCUGUUCCUGAAGAGAUUCGACCAACAUGUUGCUGUUCAUCGCUCUGUUGCUUCACGUCUUCUCCGGCUUUGCUUCUAGUAGCUAUUCGGAAGAACCAUCUAUGUGUUCAAUGUUGACUUAUACGGGAGCUUACAAUGGACACAAGUAUUUUAUCUCCAACUUUUACUACAUAAAUGCACAACAAGCUCUCGAUGUAUGCUCAUCAUGCGGCAUGUACCUGGUAGAGGUCAAUGAUAAAUUUGAGUACAAUUUUGUGGUAAACGUUUCCAAGUCUUACAAAAUUUAUGAUCUUCUGCUUUCUGGAUCUGACGCGAUUAAACAGAAGACUUGGGUCUUCCCAAACAAUGCACCGGUCAUAUUUUUCGAAUGGGGGUCGGGUGACCCGAGCAACGGCGGAGGUGAAGAUUAUCUGGCCAUUAGUAAUCGUAAUGGCUAUAAAAUGCAUGACAUGAGAGAUCCACCAACUACAAUUUGCAGAUUUCUUUGUGAAAGGGCGACUAACCCUGAUGAUCCGCUUGACUUGGUUAAAUAAAAUUGUAACUUGUUGUCAAUCAACAGAGUUCUAAAUUAAACACUGAUUUCAAAGC